AUGGCACCAGAACUCAGUUUGUCCGAAACACGCGCUCUCCUGAAAGCCCAAUUCGAAGGUCAAGAUCCGGCUCAGCACGGCGAGAAAUGGGAUCAGCUCUGGAAAGAUAAUGUGAUUCCAUGGGACAACGAAUCACCCAAUCCAGCACUGAUUGAUAUCCUAAAUGAGCGGGAAGAUCUAGCUUCGAAGAAAGCUGAUGGCACAAGAAAGAAAGCCUUGGUAGCGGGAUGUGGGAAGGGAUAUGACGUUUUGCUGUUAAGUGCCAUGGGCUAUGAUGCUUAUGGGCUGGAUAUUUCCGAGACAGGUUUGCAGGGUGCUAAGGACACCGAGAAGGAGAAAGAUGGGAAAGGUCUGUAUGAACCGAAAGACGGAAUCGAGAAAGGAAGUGUUACGUGGAUAGCCGGAGACUUCUUCAAGGAUGAUUUCUUGACAGUCGUCAAUGGAGAGAAAAGCUUUGAUUUGAUCUAUGACUACACGUUUGGUUGUGCAUUACCUCCUAGUCUAAGGCCUGCAUGGUCUAAACGAUAUCAUGAGCUUCUAUCUCCAGAAGGAAGACUUAUCUGUCUCGAAUUCCCCACUACUAAAUCUCCAUCAAUUGGAGGACCACCAUGGGCUAUGCCUCCAAGAAUUUAUGAAGGUCAUUUGUCUCGUCCAGGUGAAGUUUUGCCAUAUACUGAGGAGGGCUGUGAGUUAGAAGUUGAGAAACUUGGCCUACCACACAAGAAUGGCCUUCGACGUAUCGCACACUUUCACCCUAAAAGAACCAACAGGGGUGGAUAUGAUGCAGAUGGCAAGAUAAACGAUUGGGUCAGUGUUUGGUCGCACUAG